AUGGCCCCUGUCAAGGAAUUCGGUCUUCUCUGCCUGGAGAACCCUCUGCUUGAUAUCCAGGCUGUCGGCGAUGAGGCUCUCCUGAACAAGUAUGGCCUCAAGGCCAACGACGCCAUUCUCGCCGAGGAGAAGCACAUCCCGCUGUACGAGGAGCUGCUGAACAACUACGACGCCAAGCUCAUUGCCGGUGGCGCUGCGCAGAACACGGCUCGUGGUGCCCAGUACAUCCUCCCUCCCAACAGCGUCGUCUACCUGGGCGGCGCCGGCGACGACAAGUACUCGGCCAUCCUGCACGAUGCCGUCAAGGCCGCUGGCCUGCGCGUCGAGUACCGCGUCGACCCCAAGGAGAAGACGGGCCGCUGCGGCGUCAUCAUCACUGGCCACAACCGCAGUCUGUGCACGGACCUGGGCGCCGCCAACCACUACGACAUCGACCACCUGAAGAAGCCCGAGAUCUGGCAGCUCGUUGAGAACGCCGAGGUCUACUAUGUCGGCGGCUUCCACUUCACUGUCUGCCCUCCUGCCAUCAUGGAGCUUGCCAAGCAGGCUGCGCAGCGCAACAAGCCCUUCGUGCUGUCGCUGUCCGCGCCCUUCAUCCCUCAGUUCUUCAAGGACCCCGUCGAUGCCAGCGCCCCUUACUGGGACUACAUCAUCGGCAACGAGACCGAGGCCGCGGCCUACGCCGAGUCCCACAACCUGCCUUCCAAGGAGCCCAAGGACGUCGUCGUCCACCUUGCCAACCUGCCCAAGGAGAACAAGCAGCGCAAGCGUGUUGCCAUUGUCACGCAAGGCACCGAGCCCACUCUUGUCGCCAUCCAGGGCGAGGAGGGCAUCAAGGAGUUCCCUGUCCACGCCAUCGAGAAGGAGAAGAUCAACGACACCAACGGCGCUGGCGAUGCGUUCGCCGGUGGCUUCUUGGCCGGCCUCCUCGAGGGCAAGCCCCUUGAGACGUCCAUCGACAUGGGCCAGUGGCUCGCCAGACUCAGCAUCCAGGAGCUCGGACCUUCCUAUCCCUUCCCCAAGCAGGCCUACCAGGCCUCCUCGUGA